AUGGCCUGUGCUGGUUCUAACUGCCCCUACAGCAACAGCAGAGUCCAAGGGGGAAAUGUCGAUGGGGUUUAUCACAUGGAGGAGAUUGGGCGGGCUGGCGACCAGGGCCCUGCCCGCUUUGUUCUCUGGGACCGGCAGCUGAGUCCCCCCCACGCAGCCCCCGCUCUCUCUCUCUCUCGGCUGGCGAGGAGGAGGGCGCCAGCCAGGGCAGCCAGGGCAGGGAUUCCGGCGGCGCAGGCAGAGGGGCAGAGCUGCCGCUGCUGGGCGCCGGCUGCGGAGAAGGAAGGAAGGAAGGAAGGAGGCGCCGGGGGCAGAGGCAGCAGCAGCAGCAGCCCUGGGCCCUCUCCCUUCUCCCCCAGAGAGCCCUCCUCUCCCGCUGCCCGCCUCCUCCGGGGAAGAGAAGGGGAAGCAGCCACAACCAGCAGGAGACCAGCAGCAGCCCCCGAUCCCAUCCUCGGAGGGAGCCCCGGCGGAGGGCCAAGCAGCGCCAGCCUGCUUGUUUCAGCUGAAAAAUUGCUUCCCUUAACAUCAUCCUACCCUCGUCUUUCUGGAAGUGUAACUGCUGAGCUGUCAUUGCUGUGGGGAGCCUUUUGUGAGAUACUAUCUCAUUGUCUGUGCAAGCUAAUACCUGGUGUCUUUCUCCUGCCGUCUGGUUCUCUACUCAUGGAUAGCUCAAAGAGGAAAAAGAAAGGACAGGGGAGGAGAACUGGCUCAGGAAUGCAGACAGCAUGUGCAUACGGAGUUGACAUUUUCUCUGCUCUGUCUCUACCACAACCUGAAGACGCCUGCUGGUGA